CCCAGUGUCGGACGAUGUGGGGAUAUGACUGCGGCAGUGCGGCGCCAAGAGUGACCUCCUGAUGGUUGAGGAAACCCAAUGAGCUUGACAGAUGUACGACAGACCUUAUAUCACCCCAAGCAUACGGCCGCAAGACCGAUGGUAUAUAAGAGCGAUCGGUUUGCUCGCCCCAAUGAUUUCCGACAUCCCACAACGUCAUCGCGCUUACCGGUAACCGCUAACCUCCCGUUGUAAGCUACCAUAAAUUGGGGUCGGAACGUGUCUCGGUUUUACACUUCUUCACUUCGGUGUGUCAAAUCACUGUCGAAUUUUUUAAUCGCCUUACAUCCGCCAAAAUGUCAAGCAACAUUGAUUGGUCUAAUACCUUCUUCGGCUACGAGCCUUCCGGUUGGGCACCAUUCCUCGCCGCUGGGCUUUUCUUGGUCUUGGGUUUGCUGCAUGUCGUUCAAAUGAUACGGUUCAAAACCUACUACAUGGGGUGGAUCAUCGCGGGGGCCUUCUUCGAGACCAUCGGUUACCUCAUACGCCUGAAAUCGAGAGCAGAUCCCACGGUCAUGAAUAUUUACGCAGCGCAAAACGGCUUGAUCAUCAUUGCGCCGGUGUUCUUUGCUGCAUCGGAGUACAUUCUAUUGAGCCGAAUUAUCAACCACGUCGGGGGACAGUUCUCCGUAAUUCGACCAUCACGCAUAGCAAAGAUCUUCGUCGGCAUCGACAUCGUCUCCUUUCUCGUACAAAUAGCAGGAACCGGCCUUCUCGUGGGCACCAAGGAUAUCUCAAUGCAAGACAUAGGCCUGAAAAUCAUGUUGUUCGGUCUGAUCCUCCAAGUUAUCUCCUUCGCCGGUUUUCUCAUCGUCGCGGUCCUUUUCCAUCGCCGAGCGGCACACGUUCAUGGACAAUGGUCCAAGUUGAUCAAAGCGCUGUACAUCAGCUGCAUCUUCAUUCUCAUUAGAUCGAUAUAUCGUGUGAUCGAAUUCGCCCAAGGAUUCAAGUCUGAUCUCGCACACAACGAGAGGCUCAUGUAUAUCUUUGACAUGGGCUUGAUGGUGCUGGCUAUCGCUGUGUUUAUCAUCGUGCACCCGGGCAAGGCACUGAAUGGUGCAUCGGCCGGUCAACCAGCAAAGACUGACGUUGAAACACCGAUGGAGAUGGGUCGAAAGCGCGAUGAUAACCACCACCGGGAGGGUCGCCGACAUUGAAAUCGUAGUUUCCAUUCGAGGUUUGCACUAGCGACUUUUUGUAGCCUUUUUUCAUCUUGUACUUUUGUAAUGUUAUAUACGUCUUAACCAUCGGCAUUGAAGAACACGAGGCCCUCUGGGAGUGGCGAUCGCACAAUUGGAUGACAUUGACAGGUUUUGACAGUUG